UAAGCAAAAUUGGCUAUUUUUCAAAAUUUUUAAUUUUUCAAAAUUGGCAAAAGUUUUUAUGUUUUUGCCGGUGUACCCGGUUUGAUAACCCCCCAUCAAAAGCUUUUUUUCUGCGCCAGUCGUCCACCUGUGGUAGCCAUUUGCAGUCCGAUUUUUUAUGCUGUUUUAACGACGAUCGAAGAUCAACCUGCUAGCACGAUGAACCACCGUCUUCCAGGGACCCUUAACCAGUGCCACAGACUCCUUUUAACCACACUCCACCAUCUCCCACCAGCAUUCUCCACCAGAUUCUUGUCCACAUCGCGAGUGAACUACGAGCGUCAAGAAUGCCAAGUGUUAGUUGUGGGUGGCGGUACUGGUGGCUGUGCCAUGGCCGCAAAGUUGUCCUCGCGUCUUGGCAGCAACAAGGUGAUCGUCCUAGAACCGGAAGAUAAACACUAUUACCAACCCAUGUUUACCCUAAUUGGGGGAGGAAUGAAGCGCCUAGAUCAAAGUCAUAGGAAUAUGGCUGAUGUGCUGCCCAAGAAGGCCAAGUGGGUUCAGGAAAAAGCCGUGGAGUUCGAUCCAGACAAUAAUACAGUUAGUACUUCUGGUGGCAAGACAAUCAAGUACGACUUUCUUGUCAUUGCCACAGGAUUGCAGCUUAAAUAUGAAAAGAUUCCUGGACUAGUGGAAGCCCUGGAGACUCCUGGCAGCAAUGUUUGUUCCAUUUACUCGCCCAAAUACGUUGAUCAGGUAUACGAAUGUCUGCGUAGGACCUACAAGGGAAAUGUUAUAUUUACCUUCCCCCAUUGUCCCAUUAAAUGUGCAGGUGCACCUCAGAAAAUCGCCUACAUAUCGGACCACUAUUUCAGGAAGAUGGGUCGCCGGGACAAUGUAAAUAUUACUUACAAUACAUCUCUUCCCGUGAUCUUUGGCGUGAAACAUUACGCGGAUGCUCUGAUGAAACUGGUUAAGAAGCGGAAUAUCACACUUAAUGUGAAUAGGAACCUUAUCGAAGUUAAACCGGGCGAUAAUAUAGCCGUGUUUGAGGACCUUGCAAAACCCGGAGAACUUUACGAAGAAACGUACUCCAUGCUUCAUGUGACGCCACCGAUGACUGCUCCGGAUGUAGUUGCCAACUGCAAGCAACUGGUCACCUCCUCCGGAUUCGUUGACGUAAACCAAAUGACACUGCAACACAACAAAUACAGCAACGUGUUCUCUAUCGGUGAUUCGGCAUGCACCCCCAACUCAAAGACGGCGGCGGCGGCAGCUGCCCAGUCACCGGUGGUGUUUAAGAACCUGAUGGCGGCGAUCGAGGGCAAGAACCCAACGCAUAUCUACGAUGGAUAUUCCUCCUGUCCCAUAGUUACCGGAUACAGCUCCUGCAUCCUGGCGGAAUUCGACUAUAACCUUACACCGGUGGAGACCUUCCCAAUAGAUCAGGCUAAAGAGCGGUAUUCCAUGUUUUUCAUGAAGAAGGAACUGAUGCCCGUGCUCUACUGGCAGCUAAUGAUGAAGGGAUAUUGGAACGGCCCGGCAAUUAUGCGAAAAAUGUUCUCUAUUCUUAAGUUUAAUAAAAAGUAAAACUGGUA